CUCUCCUCUCCUGUACGCAGCUGAGAUUCGCUCCCCUCCCACUCCCGAGCUCACUUUUCUAUCUCUCUCUCUCCUCUUUCCCCUGUCCUCCUGUCUUAAUCCUCCCGUCUCCUUCUCUCUCUCUCUCUGUCACUCUCUCUCUCUUUCUUUCCGCUGGCUGCACUGUGCUUCUGCAUCCCCAGCACCUAUCCCGUCUGUGGAGCCGUAGAGAAAAGGGGGGGACCCGGGGAGAAGGAGGAACAAUAGCCCCAGCUGAAGCCGGACAGAGAGGCCCCUUCUUUCUCGCCUUCCUCUCCUUGGCAGGAGCCGGGGGAGAGAGGCGGGGGACGAUAGCGGCGGCAGCACCAGUGGACAGGCAACAACCAUGGAGGCUCCCGUGCGGGAGACGGGGGCGGCAGUAGUGGCAGCACCCGCAGUCCCGGCGGCGGUGGCGGCGACCAACGAGUCCAUGCCUCCCCCCACCCUGAGCCCGGCCGUGCCGCCCUACGUGAAGCUGGGCCUGACCGUGGCCUACACCAUCUUCUACUCGCUGCUCUUCGUCUUCGUGUACGCGCAGCUGUGGCUGGUGCUGCGCUACCGACACAAGCGGCUGAGCUACCAGACGGUGUUCCUGUUCCUGUGCCUGCUCUGGGCGGCCCUGCGCGCCCUGCUCUUCUCCUUCUACUUCAAGGACUGCGUGACGGCCAACGCGCUCGGGCCCUUCACCUUCUGGCUGCUCUACUGCUGCCCCGUCUGCCUGCAGUUCUUCACGCUCAGCCUCAUGAACCUGUACUUCGCCCAGGUUGUUUUCAAAGCCAAGUCCAAGUACUCACCAGAACUUCUGAAAUACAGGCUACCUCUGUACCUGGUGUUUCUGUCCAUCAGCUUACUGUUCCUGGUGGUGAAUCUGACCUGCGCUCUCCUGGUUAAGAUGACCAACACAGAGACCAAGACCAUUGUCCUGGUGCGAGUGGCCAUCAAUGACACACUCUUUGUUCUCUGUGCCAUCUCGCUCUCUUUGUGUCUCUACAAGAUCGCAAAGAUGUCCCUCGCAAACAUCUAUCUGGAGUCGAAGGGAACGUCUGUGUGCCAAGUGACUAUAAUUGGAGCAACAGUCAUUUUGCUUUAUGCAUCACGUGCUUGUUACAACCUGGUGGUCCUUGCUCUCGCCAACAUCAAAAGCAUAAACUCUUUUGAUUAUGACUGGUACAAUGUGUCAGACCAGGCGGAUUUACACUCCACCUUAGGGGAUGCGGGAUAUAUUGUGUUCGGCGUGAUCUUGUUUGUGUGGGAACUGCUGCCUACAACUCUGGUGGUUUUUUUCUUCAGGGUUCGGAGGCCAGCUCUGGACAGAAGUGCUGCCAUCAUCCCUGGUCAUGUCUUUUCAUCAAGGGCUUAUUUCUUUGACAACCCCAGACGUUACGACAGUGACGAUGACCUGGCAUGGAGCAUUAUCCCACAAAAUAUUCAAGCAAGCUUCGCGGCAGACAACUAUGACUGGGGCAGCCAGACAAGUGGCUUUGCUGCCUAUAUAGGUGACGAGGAUUCCCAAAUGGCUCCACCUCCCGAGGAGCUGAACCCUUACUAACACCCUCCACUGGCCCUCCAAGGACACAAGGAGACAAGGGCUAGGUGUGGAUAUUGGACAAAGGCAACAAACUCAAACAUUUUGUAGUAGCCUACAACUUUUGUAAUGUAUAGUUCAAAGCCAGUAAUAACCAAGAACAAUUAUUGUAUUUUUGCGGACGAAUGGUGUAUUUUUGUGGAUGAAUGGUGCAUAUUCCAUCACUUCUGACUUCACUGUAUGUCUUGUUAACAUGAUCAUUAAUAUAUUUCUGAUUGUUAAUGUUAUGUGUUGUUCAAUGUAAAUAUUUUUUUCUAUUGAUUGUUCGGAAAUCCACUUUAAAUUAAUUUAUUAUGAAUAAUUAUUUGAGGUCUCUUGUUUUUACGCCCUCUUCUAAAUUCAUUUUUAAGGCAUCAUGUUGUUUCCCUGUGUGCAAUUCUGUGUGUAUAUGAUAUGAUAAUACCGGUACACACAUCUAAAAAGAUGUGAAUAAAACCUACUUUAUAA